CAAAAAACGUAUCUAUCAAUUUCUCUCCGAAAAUUGAACCGUGCGGACGUAUCGCGCGUGCCGCGUAGAAGAUACACACAUCCCAUAGAUACAAUUUCCCUAGCUCGUAGGUGGUGUGUAUUGCAGCAGAAGCUGGCUUUUCGCUGCUGCGCUCAGCGCUCUCCCAUUCGCCGCUGCCGAUAGCAAGCGUCUCUCGCCCGAGCUGUGUGUGGAGCUGUGUGAAAAUUCAAUAAAACAAAGAGCAGAGCGCUAUUGACCAAGUGAAAAUAAGACGGAAUAAUAGAACUGCAAAAAGCAUUAAGAAACUGAGUGCCGAGUGUAGUACGUGUGUGUGCAGAAUUUGGUGUAUACCUUGAACGAGCCCAGUGCGUGUGUGUGCGUCGCGUGUCGCGGCCUAUGAGUGCGGCUCGCUAGCUUGAUUCGCAAUUAAUUAAUAUCAAUAAAAUGUGCAAGAAACACAACGACUUUGUCUGGUUUGCUACAAAAAAGUCUACUAAGCCCCAAUAACUUGGCGAGGGGGAUUGGCACAGAGGCUCUGUGGGGAGCGAGGAGAGCAGAGAGACGGGAGAGUCCCUGAGAGAGGAGGCUCACCAACACAAACAAAGCGGCAGGCGCAAUAUAACGGUGCAAACGGUGGUGGAGCCACACCACCAGCAACAACAACAAUGCUCAGAAGGCUGCGACUUUAGCUCGACUCUCCAAAUUUUUGCAUUUGCGCAGAACCCCGGCGAAUUCGCCACUUCGCCGCAGCUGCUGUGCGAGUGUGUGUGUUUGGAAACACCUUGCUCCAAUAUUUUUCCCCCGAUUUUCCCCGAUUCUGCGAUUGCGAACAGCACGACCGCACGACCAAACGGAGUCGCCGUCGUCUCAGUCUCAGUUUCGGUUCGCUUCGUGUGCUUUCUGGUGGCUGCCCUGCAGCGGAAAAUUGGACGAAAAAUCAUAGCAGCAGCACCAUAUAGCAGCAGAAGUGGCAGAAAUUCCAAAAAAGAAAAAAAAAACAAAAAGGAAUUGUAAAUUUUCCAAUGCUGGUUGGCUGCGUUUCGCACGCGAUUCCCCCUUUGGCUGCAUUUUCGUUGGAGACAACACGAAGAACGGGUAAAACCAGGAGAACGGGUAGAACGCUGAAGAAGAAGAGCAGCUCCAACAUUGUCGCCGUGCCGUCGACGCCGACGUUAGCGUCAGCGUCAGCGUUAGCGUCGCUGCAGCGCCGCAGCAUCAUCAGCUAGCCAUGAACUACAGCUACAACUACAACUAUAGCUGCAGAUACAGCAACAACAGCGACAGCCCCAACAACAACAACGAAAGCAUAGAACAGGACACGAAGCAGCAGCAGCAGCAGCAGGAGCAGCAGGAACAUCCGAUGCAGGCGGUAGCAAGGACAGCGGGCUUUAGCUCUAGCUCCAGCUCCAGCUUCACGUCCACGUCCACAUCCACAUCCACAUCCAAGACGAGAGCAGGAACAACGUCGUUAAUCUAUUUACCGCCUUUCUGCUAUCCAUGUAAGCAUGUGCCUGCGGCCGGUGCAAGGAUCCAGAGUCGAAGCCGAAGUCAGGGCCAGACGUUGGGCCACGGCAGCUGCUGUUCCGUCUGUCCGCCCGGCUGGGAACAUAAAAAUUAUGAUAAACAUGCUUCAGCGGCGACGUUGACACCGACAACAACAGCAAGAACAACAACUACGGCAGCAACCACAACAGGACCUGCAGCGGCAACAAUGUCCUCCUCCUCCUCCUUGUGGGCUGGAAAAUUCCUGCAGGCGAGUAUUCAGUUACCCGCGGCCGCAGCGGGCCAUAGCUGCACCGAUCUCCGGCAGACGUCGCAAUUAGUUAUGCCCACAAUGGCUGCUGGCGGGGAUGUGGAUGUAGUCGUUGCCGGCGGUGUCUUGGAAUGCGGCGGCAAGCGAUGCUGGCGACGUGAGCGAAUGCGGCGCGAAAGACCAAGUCAUGCGUCUGCGGCACCACCGCUGCUGGCCCAGGUGAAUCCAAUCAGCACUAGCCCAGCAUCAGUGACAACAACAACAGCAACAGAACUACUAGGAGUCACAUCUCACAACCCAGGAGCUGGAACCACCGCGCAGCACUGUUCGCAAACAACGACAACGGCCACGGCAAGGGGCACAACUGGCGCAGCAUUGCCGCAUGAUGAGGAGGAGUAUGAUGAAUGUAGGUGCUUUAACUAUAACGGUGAUAUUAGUCUGGAGCGACGACGGGGAGAGGCCGCGCAACUUUCCGGCAUUACGUGGUUGAUGUUCUUGUGGCAGCAUCUGCUGCCGGGCAAUGGAAACAAGACCCGCUCCCACACCCACACCCACUCCGACUCCAGCAGCAGCAGCAACAGCAGCUCCAUCUUCCCAGCGGCGAAAACAAGGAGUAGGAGCACCACCACCAUGACAUCGACAAAAAGCUGGCUGGGACCGCUGCUAAUGCUGCUUUUGGCCACGUCCGUCAGUGGCUGGGCAAGGCAAGAUGCGCCCACAAAUUGCACGUUUCCGGCCCGGUGGGAGGGCUCCUGGUUCCUGUCCGGCUAUCAGCAAUCCAUACACAUCAAGGGCUCACAGUUCAGCUAUCGCGGCAGGUGUGCGGCCUCCGAUGGUAACAAAUAUCUGAUUGUCGACGAGAAAGGAUGUCAUCGUUGCCUGGUUAUCUAUGAGAAGCAUAAAAAUGUGCUCCAAUAUAAAGAAAGUGAGUGCGAAGGUGAUAGUAUGUAUAUGCAUCAGUCGAACCCAUCUGCACUGGCGAUGCGUAGCUCUAAUAAACAAAGUGAUCAUAGGGGGGGAGCUCAUCCCAAUACGAACGGGCAUUCAAGACUAUCUUCAUCGGAUCAGUACAUAAUGAGAUCCAAUGACGAUAUGAAUGAUUACUUUUGCAAGGGCCGUGAGACUUUACAGAAUCUCUGCGACCAAAUCCCGGGCGAUGCCCUGCUCUACUCGCUUUUCCGGGAGAGCGCCGAGCCGGUCAAGUGUCCGCUGAAGGGACCCUUCAUCUUCACGUAUAAUCGUGGCCAUGGGGAGUGCAAGUCGCCGGUGUCCAACAUUGAGAGCUGCACCGAGGAGAGUCGCCUCCUUCUGAGCUUCCAGGCUUGUCCCGAUGUCCAGGGCACCGAGAGUACGGUCGAGGAGCUGACAUGCCUGGCGACCUGGAAGGAUGGCAACUCACGCUAUUUGGUGGGCCUGGUCUCGCACCAUCAUGCCAUUUCGAACGAGGAGCGCUAUCGCUGCUUUGUCUACGAGAAAAUCUCCUCACUGAUGGGCGGCCCCAGCGUGCUCAGCUCGAAGGAUGCCGAAUAUAAGCUGGCCCAAUCCGGCGACGCCACUUGCAAUGGCUUAGACAGUGCCGAGGUUGGCUCACGUAUCAUGUCGCUGCGAAAACCGCCGGUAGCCGAGCGCUGCGACUUCCCAGCCUGGUUCAAAGGUCCACGCCACUGGCAUGCCCUCAUGGGCAAUGCCGUCUACAAUUAUCAUUCCAACGACGGGUCCGUGCACAUUAUUAAGCCCAACGGCUACAUGGAGACACGUGCGCUGUGCGAGCAGAUAAAUAAACAGACCUCGACCGAAAUGAUGGCCGUGGUGCACUACACGACCGGGUGCCAAUCGGGAUUCAUGUGCAUGAUGUUCUACCGCCGGGACACGUUUGUCAUCGAGAUACAGACGGGCAAGCCGGCCAUUCGCCUGGAGGACGCCUGUGCACCGGAUCACUUUGACAUUAAUAAGAUGUCCUACAUUACCUUGCUGGCGAGCAAUCCUGACCUGGCCAUGUGUCCUAUGGAGGGCAUCUAUACGCUGCGCGGCGCCAUCGGGCCGCCGUAUCUGGCCACGCGCCACAAGCGCAAUCACAACGGCAAGUCCCAUUUGGGCCAUGGACAUCAUCACCACGAGAGCCCUGACUCGGGCAGUUUCGGUCAUAAAGGACACAGCUCGCUGAGUUUCCGGAAUGCGGAGCGUAUGGAGCGCGGCUCGUGGCAUGCCAAUACUCGAGGCCUGCCAGUUCGCAGCCGACGUGAUGCGCCCAAGGAUCCGCAGGCGGAGGAGCAGCAGCAGGCCUUGGUCCUGGAAAAGACCAAUAGCAGUGAUACGAGCGUGGGCUUUGUGGCCACGAGGAAUCGACGGGAUGUACCCGGCUGUGUGCCCAACUACAAUGCCCAGCGUCAGCUCUGGAUAGGAUGUACCGCGGAGAACUUGAUCGAUGUCAGUCCGCUGUGCAGCGUGGACGGAGAAGAGGAAUACUCCUGUCAUGGGUCCUGGAGCGAAAACAGCACCUUUUACGUGAUUGCUCGCCACAAGGGCAGCAAGCACGGCGUGUGUCUGACCUAUCGACCCACGGAGGGAACUGCUGCCAAGCUGGUUGUGGGCGACGCCUGCUAUAGGGGCACACAGAAGCCGCCCGAGCAUCACUUGGUGGCCAAUCUAUCCGUUUUGGGCAAAUGUGGCGAGACUGGCAUGAGUGCCGCCCAGACUCACAGAAUGUCCGAUUGUCUGCUCCUAAUGGCGAUAUUGGCCACAUGGCUACACCUGCACAGCUGAGGGACGACGGGCAGGACGAGCAUCAGCUUCGAGCGUGACAAGCCAAAGCGCAAUCACUAAUUCCCGAAAGAAACCAAAUCCCAUUAUGAUCAUGUAUACAAGACACAUCACAAGACUUAUUGUAUAUUUCGUGUAGUAUGUGUAAGGCGUAAUCGAACCUCUUCGCAAGGGUUUGGCUGUAUAUAAUGUAUUGUUUUUUUUCUUAUUACUGCUACACACUUUUGUUUAGUUCUAAGUGCUUUAAAAAUAAACAAGAUUCGAUAUAAA